UCUGACCCAGAGAAGAAAGGAACAGGCCAGACGUCUUCGUCUCUCCCCUAGGCCCUAGCGUAGCGUAAUGGCGUAUGACGCCUGUUCCCUUCUCGGACGUCGCCGGCCGCCGUUUGCGUCCGCUUUGAUCUCCGUUCGUCUCUCUCCGGACAGAGAGUUGAGGUGAGGUGAGGAGAGCCCAAACCGAAAGCAGCCAAACAGAAGGAGGCGGCCGAGACCGCGAGAGCGAGAGAAUAAAAAGCAGGGGGCUUUCUUUCGAUCGCUGCGCUGCGUCCCAGCACCAGCACCAGCAGUCCCAGUCCACCUUGCUCGCGAGUCGCUCGCUCCCUCGAUCAGAUCUAAUCAUUAUUUAAUCCUUUUUUUCCAGUCUCACAUGAGCACUCCCCACUCGUCCUCCACCUCCUCCGUCCCCCACCGCGCCUCCCCUCCCCAGAUCCCCCCAUCCCUAACCCUAGCUCCCACGGCGUCCUCUGCCUCGCCGUCCUCCUCCUCCGCGUCCGGCAUGCGGGACGCGGCGGAGGACGACUCCGACUCGCCGCCGUCGCAGAUGUCGGAGGACGACCCCGGCGGGGGCGGGGACAGGUGGGAGCCGGAUCUGAGGGGCGGCAACAACGGCGGGGGCGGGAGGUGGGCGCCGCCGGACCAGGUGCUGGAGAACGUGCUCGAGACCGUGCUCGAGUUCCUCACCGCCGCGCGGGACCGCAACGCCGCCUCGCUCGUCUGCCGUUCCUGGUACCGCGCAGAGGCGCAGACGCGCCGCGAGCUCUUCAUCGGCAACUGCUACGCCGUCUCGCCGCGACGCGCCGUCGAGCGCUUCGGCGGCCUGCGCGCCGUCGUGCUCAAGGGCAAGCCCCGCUUCGCGGACUUCAGCCUCGUGCCAUACGGCUGGGGCGCCUACGUCUCCCCCUGGGUGGCAGCGCUCGGGCCCGCGUACCCGCGCCUCGAGCGCAUCUGCCUCAAGCGGAUGACCGUCUCCGACGACGACCUCGCACUCAUCGCCAAGUCCUUCCCCUUGUUCAGGGAGCUCUCGCUAGUGUGCUGCGAUGGCUUCAGCACGGUCGGGCUCGCCGUCAUCGUCGAGCGCUGCCGGCAUCUUCGCGUGCUGGAUCUGAUUGAAGAUUACCUUGAGGAUGAAGAGGACGAGCUGGUGGAUUGGAUCUCCAAGUUUUCAGAGUCCAACACCUCUCUGGAGUCACUUGUCUUCGACUGCGUCAGUGUGCCCUUCAACUUUGAGGCCCUCGAGGCACUUGUUGCACGCUCACCGGCUUUGCGUCGGUUGCGUGUCAACCACCACGUGUCAGUAGAGCAGCUGCGCCGUCUCAUGGCAAGAGCACCCCAGCUCACACACUUUGGAACCGGUGCAUUCCGAUCUGAGGGUGCCCCUGAUGGGGGUCUGGCUGUGACUGAGCUUGCUACAUCUUUUGCUGCAGCCAGGUCUCUCGUUUGUCUAUCAGGUUUUCGGGAGGUCGAUCCACAAUAUCUCCCAGCGAUCUACCCUGUUUGUGCCAAGCUCACCUCACUAAACUUCAGCUUUGCAAGCCUAACGGCUGCGGAACUCAAGCCAGUUAUUCGCAACUGCACCAAUCUUCGCACUUUCUGGGUCCUUGAUACUGUGGGUGAUGAAGGCCUACGUGCUGUGGCUGAUACAUGCUCUGAUCUCCGUGAGCUGAGAGUUUUUCCUUUGGAUGCCUCUGAAGAUUCUGAGGGUUCGGUCUCAGAUGUUGGUCUUCAGGCAAUAUCAGAAGGCUGCCGGAAGCUAGAAUCAAUCCUCUACUUUUGCCAGCGGAUGACAAAUGAAGCAGUAAUUGCUAUGUCGAAGAACUGUCCUGAGCUUGUAGCGUUCCGCCUCUGUAUUAUGGGCCGCCACCGCCCUGAUCGAGUCACUGGGGACCCAAUGGAUGAAGGUUUUGGCGCAAUUGUGAUGAACUGCAAGAAACUCACCAGGCUUUCAGUCUCUGGCCUGCUUACUGAUAAAGCCUUUGCAUACAUUGGAAAAUAUGGGAAGCUAAUAAAGACUCUGUCUGUUGCCUUCGCUGGGAAUAGUGACAUGUCCCUCCAAUAUGUAUUUGAGGGAUGCACUAAGUUGCAGAAGCUUGAGGUCAGAGAUAGCCCUUUUACUGACAGGGGGUUACUCUCCGGACUGAACUACUUCUACAAUAUGAGGUUCUUAUGGAUGAACUCAUGCAGGCUAACUAUGAGAGGAUGUAAAGAUGUAGCUCAGCAAAUGCAAAAUUUGGUGGUUGAAGUAAUUAAGGACCACUCUGAAGAUGAAGGGGAGGCUGAGAUUGUUGACAAGUUGUACUUGUAUCGGUCACUGGCAGGACCAAGGAAUGAUGCUCCACCAUUUGUUACCCUCUUGUAGGACUGCUAUUGGAAGAACAGCCCUGCUGUACCCACGAACAUGUUAGUUGUACUAUUCCUUAUCAAGUUCUCAGAGCCAAUGAGGGAAGCUUUCUGCGGAUGAUUUUCAAGUUGCUGCAGGAGCACACAGUGUAAAUCAAGUAAGAAGCUGCCGAAUAUUCUUUUCACUUGAUCUGGCAUGGCCAGCAUACAGAGUUGGGGCAGUUGAGGAGCACAUCCAGAGGGAGACAUCUGAUGGCCUCACGGCGCUAGUCUUUUACAGUAUAGCAAUGAUGGGUAGUGACUGAUUGCACAGGAACUGACUGCACACUGACUCCAGUCAGCAGGCUUCGGAUGGUUCUUGGCACUCAGGUCUCCAGCUACUUGUAUCUUGCCAUCUUCCGUUUCAUUUUUCUGCUCAGACCAAGGAAUGGAAGUGCUGCUGCCUAUGUCCGAAGCUUCAAUGCUCCACCGGCCAUUACUUAUGUUUUAGAAUGAUCCAAAACUCAGAUCCUGCUAUUUUUUUCUCUCCCUUCUUUUUCAUUGUUUUUAGCACUCAUGAGUUAUUUUUGUAGACGACCGGUAGACCAUUAUCCCUUUUCUCAUUAUCCCUUUUCUUCGUCUCCACCCUCUGCUAUUUUUAAUCAAGAAGCUAUUGGAGGAAAUUUGAAAUUUGUUCGGCAUUGCUUGGUUUUGCCCCCA